AUGGAAUCAUCUGGAAGAAUCCCAAACGAUGAGCAUCAUAGUAUGACUAGUGGUGCGUUAGGUGGUCGAGCUCAUUUCAUGAUGCAACCACCUCAAGGCAUGCACAUGACACAUGCCUGGCCUUCUGAAUGGGGCGGUGCUGGCUAUGAUCUGUCAGGAAUGAGGGGAAAUGGAUCAUCAGAAAAUGAGUAA